CGUUCUCCCCGGGAGGGGGUGUAUCCUGCUUGGGUGCACUGGCAGGGUCGGGACAGGCGGCAGAGAGGGCAAGAAGCAGCAGGCAGAGCGGCAGAAAGCAGAGCAGCAGAUUGAAGGCAUCAACCCGUGGCAGAGGUGAUAUCUGUUAUGAGACCAAUUAGUCUGGAAUGACAGGGGCAAGGUUUUGGUUGAUGCAGUACAUCAGAACAACAUGAGUAUCGUACUAAAAUAUGCACUAGACUUGAACAACCUCCAUUCAUCCACCUGUUGCUCCUUCAUAGCUUAGUGCAACUGUGGCUGAGAUUGGCUUGGCCGAAUAACAUCCUGGAUGUCUUAUAAAUUCAAAAUGAAUCAUGGCUGAAGACUCUCAGAGAAAUUUCCGUUCAGUCUAUUAUGAAAAAGUGGGGUUUCGUGGCGUUGAAGAGAAAAAAUCGUUAGAAAUCUUGCUGAAAGAUGACCGCCUGGAUAUUGAGAAGCUCUGCACCUUUAGUCAAAGAUUUCCUCUUCCGUCCAUGUAUCGGAUCCUGGUGUGGAAGGUACUUUUAGGGAUUAUUCCUCCUCAUCAUGAAUCUCAUGUCCUGGUGAUGAUGUACCGAAAGGAACAAUAUAUGGACGUGUAUCAUGCCCUCCAAGUAAUUCGCUUCAUCAGUGAUUCUACCCCACAGGUGGAAGUUUUCCUUCGCAUACAUCAACUAGAAGCAGGAAAGUUGCCUCGAAAUCCAGCAUUUCCUCUGGAAGCAGAAGAUGAAGUGUUUCUUGCUAUUGCGAAAGCCAUGGAGGAGAUGGUGGAGGAUCCUAUUGACUGCUAUUGGCUGGUCAAUUGUUUUGUGAAUCAGUUACAUAACAAGUACAAAGAUUCAUUGCAACAAUUGCCAAAAGUUCUUGAACAGUAUUUGAACCUUGAAGACAGCAGACUCCUGAUGCAUCUGAAGAUGUGCUCCACAAUGAACAAGCUUCCCUAUAAUCUUUGGUUUAAGAAGUGUUUUGCAGGCUGUUUACCAGAAUCCAGUUUACAGAGUAGCUCAUCUCUUUUCAGCAGUAGACCCGUGGCUUCCCUGCCUAUCAUUUCUGACUGACACCUUCAACAUUUCUUGCUGGUUGUAACUCAUUUUUCAUCUUUCUUUUCCUGAUUUUCGUCCUGAUAUGUUCAUGUUACUGUGUUUUAUUCUUCAAUAAUUGCAUGCCCUUUCUGUUACUGAAUGUGUAGUGGCCCUGCUUUCCUAUUCCUUUGCCUUCCUUGCAUUAAAAUAAUGAAUUCUGACAUAUUGUCGCAGUCUCCCUGAGUUCUGACCAUCUUCACAUUCUCCUAUCAGUCUGUCUCUGUUGGUCAGAACGUCUAGUUAUUCCCUCUUUCUGAAACAGAACAUUAUAUUUCUAUGCACAGUAAGACUAGCAACAGACAUUGCAUUGAUCCAGCUGUGCCUGGAUUUUUCACAGAACAAAAAAGUCACGGAAUCGGUUUGUAUGCACAUUGCCCUUCCAGUUAGUUUGGUGAGCAGCCACUUUUCUGCCAUUGAUUCAAUAAUGCAAUCCCAGGAUAACCAUUCAGAUGCACUUUGUGAUGUGCCAUGACACAAUGUUAGCACGUCUUAUCCCUUGAACUGUCCUGGGACAAUAGAUAUGGUUUCUCCUAGGACAAAUGCGACGUCUGUUUUUAGCUAAAGAACUUACUGGGGAUGUUAUGCUUUGUCAUAUUUUUCUUCCAGUAGUUAUCCGGGAAGUUAAAAUCCCUCAUAAUUAUUAGCUUAUUUCAUUUUAAAUAUUCUUGUUACCUGUUUGGAGAAUGUCUCUGUUUCUUAAUUUGGGUGGACUGUAAUAUGCUCAUGCACAAAUCUAGAAUUUUCAAAAGGGUAGGCAGCAGAAGAUGGUGAGUUGCAUCAUCACAUAUAAAACAAUGCACAUUUUUCUCCAGUUAAAAAUAACUAGAAGCUUUACUAAUAUGCUAGGGACCUAGGGCUGUAUUAUUCAGUUUAAGACUGAAGGAAAAAUAAAUAUAACGUCAUUGGAAUGAGUCAAAAACAGUCUGCAGGGCUGUGAAAUAGCUGCUCCUGGUCAUGAAACUCCUAACACACAGUGGAAUUACAGGACAAGGGAUAGGCUGACUUGUGGAACCUCAAGACCAUUAAAAAGAAGAGGGGCAUUCAUACCCGUGGAAUGAGGAGUUUAUAAGGGAUCAGGGAGAUGGUAAGGAGCCAGGAAGUCAAGUGACUCCCUCAGCACUGUCUGACUAGAAAUGCUGCUGGCACAGCCAGGCAGUUAGCUUUGAACUUUGACUGGACCAGGGAUCAAAGAGGGGUGCAAGUUUCCCCCUCCCCGAUCCACCCCUGAAUAUACUCCUACCACAGCAUCAUUGAACUCCCUCCUUCCCCCCUUUAUCAUGACACAGAUAUACUUAACAGAUCUGCUGCUCUCAUUCUCUUGGACCUUCAGCAAGUGCACACAAUCUUGAUAUAUGGUGCAAGGAUGCCCUUCCCCCUGUACCUGUCAUUCCAGAACAAGCUAUAGUAGUAUUUAGUAUAGUAUUAGUAUAGUUAGUAUUUCAGUUUUGGGAUUUAUUCCACCAAGUCACUGUAAUGCUAAGUAAAUAGUAAUUUUCUUUACAUAUCAGAACCAAACAUUUUCAUGUUUUGAAAACAAAUGUAUAUGUGUACAUGUCUGUGUGUGUUUUAAUUUUCUUUCCAUAGAAAAUUUCACAGUAGAGUGGCUUUUCAUUCCAGUUGGAAAUGCAAACAGAUUUUAACGUGUUGGAGUGUAUUAUAGAAUAGAAAUUCCAUUUUCCAGCUUGCUGUACCGAAAGCAUUAGAAAGGUCCAGUUAUCAGAUCAGGUGCGUUUAGUCAUUCAGUUGGAAUCAUAUCGGCCAAAGAACUAGCUAAUUAUAGGUGACUUGUAAUGGUUGCACUUAAACGUUUGGGAGGUUCGUUUUGGAUUAGAAUUUAGAAGCCCAAAUGCUGUGUCUGUAAUGUAUCCAUAUGACUGUUUCAGCCUCUGAGAUCUGCAAAAGGGAGUUGGGACUCUCACAAGGACAGGAUUAUCCAUGCAGGCCUUCUUAUUCACAAUGUUCAAGUGGGAAGUGAUGUGAACACAGCUUUUUCCCAGGACACUUUGGACUAGAUGUAGUCAACCAUCUUAUGGGAGACGGUAAAAAAACCCAAAACAGCCCAUCCUGCGCCUUGCUUUCUUUCAGAGCUGUCUGCAUACAGGCAUUUGACCUGCAAGUGGUUAACCCCUGGUCACUGCUCCCCCAGUUGCUCCCACUAUUGCUGUGGUCAGGAUCUCAAGGCUCCUGCUCCCACUUCCUCUGUUAGUAGCUCAUCUCUUUUGUGCAGUAGACCUGGUUUCUGUUCCCUGGCCCACCUCCUGCUCCCAUCUUGGCUACAGGGUGGCAUAGCUCUCAGGUCCCUGAGGGGCCUGCUGCCACUGCAGUAUGCUGAGGAGCCCACCCAGCAUACCUUCCAGCAGCCCAAAAGCUGGACAGUCCUGCCUUACUUAAGAGCCCUUGUUUGGGAAAGAUACCACCAUACAACAAAUGCUUACAAUUGUAUUCAGUGCUAUUCAAUACAGGUUCUCUGAUUGUUGUGCAGAAUUUUAUCCAGAAGCUGUCAGUAACAAUUAGAUGGAGAAAAUAGAGAAUGAGGUAAAGUAUGCAGAUUAUGAUUUAUUCUCUCUCCAUUCAGUUGAGUGCUUUGUUUUCAGUAAGUUAUUUAAAGACUUCAUUUUCUAGCACCCUCUUCUCUUGCUCCUGGCAUACGUACAUUUUGUGUGCCAGUUCAAAUAAAUUGUUAUGGAUACCUGAUUUAUUUAAAUUUGUUCACAACUUGUGUGGAAAAUCUUUCUUAGGAUUUAUGCCAAAUCUCCAUUAGGACUAUCCUGCCAGUAUAGCUAUGCAGCAUAGCUGUGCAGUUUUGCUGUUAUAAAACCCUGGUGUAGUGUGCAGGACCACUGAUCUCUACACACUUCAUCACUUUCCUGAUAUAUUUAGCGCCAGCAGGAGUCUGUAGCCUAGACAUAGGCUACAAGUACCAUUCUAAUGAUUCAGCUGAAGUUUGGAGGGUAAUGAGGGAACACUUGAAUUAUGCUAACUCCCCCAAAAUUCUGUCAAGAUAAGGGUCUGAGCACUGGUUCAGCAAAUCUCUUAAAUGUGCACUUAAUUUGCAGCAGAAGAUUUCAGCAUGUGCUUAAUUAAGUGCUUUUCUGGGCCAAGAGCCUUAAUCAGGACAGCCAUUUUAAUUGGGAUGAAAGGGUAAAAACAGAUGUUGCCAGACUUGUCCCACCUCAGCUCAUCCACCUCAUUGGGUGAAAUACAUGUUGCCUGUUGUCUUGCAUCAGGCAGGGCGAUGUAUUCUCUCAUUAGUGACAGGGAGGUGGGUGCAUGUGCACCCCCUGAGCUUGGUGGUGCACCCCCUGCAAAAAGCGCCUCCAGUGCUACUGCCAGUGCCUGCAGGUGGUCUCCACUCACCACCGCUCCUCCCCUCUGUCGCUGUUGACACCACCGCUGGCGGUGUCUGUGGGCAGUCCCUGAUUGCCACUGGCCGCCACCGAUGCUGCCGGCAGCAUCUGUGGGUGGUUGCCAAACACUGGUAGGCGCUCGCCAAACCCCCUCCUUCUCCCCCCCUCGGCCCCCCCACAUGGAAGUGUGGAUCCUGGCGUGGAGGUGUGGGGCCCUGGAAUGUCUUUAUGUCCCACACUGUUUCGUGCCUCCUUCCUGUGACUUGUACCUCUGUAUAAAGCAUGGGUUGGUGUGGGACCCAGCGCAAGUUGCAGCAUGGAGGCACAGGUCACUGGGGAUUACCCAGGUCCUAUGCCUCCCUUCUGGGACUCAUGUAGACUUUCCCCACUUACAGAAAUGCCUCUGGAGGUCCUGGGGCAGGUCUCUGUAAGUGGGGAACCCUAACUUUUCCUGCUUAGGUGCCCCAAGAUUAGCUGGGUUGUGUCUGUGUAUAAGCAGGGAAAGCCAGGCAGAUGCUCCCAGGGUUGGAGGGUCCCAAUCCUGAAUGGGAUUUCCUGUGGUGUACCCGUUCAGGCCACUUGAACUCGCAAAGCACUGUCCCAAGUCAUCUGGAGACUGGGCAGCUCUGGACGACUCACACUCUCCUGAUGCAGUGAAAACAGAUGUCUGCAUCAAUAAAGCAGCACGCUUUUACACUACGUUUUGUCACGGCCACUGAUACAGUGCAACAAAGGGUAGGGAUGUCUUUUUGCUUGCCAUUUAUGCCACCAUAACAUUUUUUAUGGCAGUAUAAAUACAAUAUUUGUUUCUACCCGUAGAGUGUACAUCAGCACAUGCCAGGUGUAGUGCUCAUUGUACAAAUCCAUUGUGUGUGAGAUUUCAGAGUUUUCCUAGCUCAGUGAUUGCUAAGGCCCAGUUCUUCAAAGGCAUUUGGAUUUUUGCCUCCCAUUAAAAUCAUUAGGUUUUAGGUGAUUAAAUCUCUGUAGAUCUCUGCUGACAUGUUUAUCUUUAAAUAUUUGCUUUUGAAAUAAUAAACAGAAAGCCACCCUCCAUAGAUGAUGCUCUUGUUUUCUUGAGGUUUGAGAAAUAAAUCAGACGUAAAAACAUGAAAAAGCUAAAUCUGUUUAACAUGAUCACUUGUUGCUCAUUUCACUCUGGAAAGGUUAACAUCUUUUAUGACUGAAUGUACAUUACACUGUACAUGGAGAAGAUCACAGGUACAUACUUUGUCCAGGCUAUAACAACAAACAAGCUGUUGACAGUUUUAGAAUACAUCAUACGAAUGUUUUCGGAAGGUCACUGAGAAUUGUGUAGGUGAUUGAGACAAGGUAGGAUAAGAACACUGUUAGCUUUGGUCAGAUGGACUGCAUUUGAUUAGGAAACAAUGGUGUUGCUUAAUGAGAAUCCCAAAUCUUUUGUCAUCUUACUCUUUUUUUGGAUAUGUUUGUUAAUGUUGCGCACACAGUAACCGCAUUACGUGCCUUCUUUAUAGGGAAGUGUAAAUGUAGGUUAGUUCUUUGCAUUCUUUGACAGAAAGAACUUGCACAAUAAAUAUGAUGAGCUGCUUAGGAUUUUGCAUGUGGGUAGUUCUUUGCUUUGUUUUGGCUGUGUACCCUCAUUUAAUUUUACAUUUCCCCCCCUGGUAAUUGUCAGCAUUCCUGUUGAAAUGAAGGACCACUAAGGGAGGCCUCCUGUGGCUAAAAGUUACACUUGUAGAUUUUCAAAUGCAUUAACAGCCUUCCCCCACCCAAAGAUGAUAUCUUAAGAAAAAUAUGGUUUUUAUUUCAGUGGAAUUGAGUGGGGCUGUUACUAUAGUUCAUUUAAAUUUCUAUGAUCAUUUUUCCAUUAGUUUGGUUACAAAUAUUUUUUAACAGUUUUCUAAAGCUAAAAUUCAUGAAAGCAAAUGUGAUCAUGGGUAACUUGUUUUUGAAAAGCCAAAAAUGAAACCGAUGAUUAAAUCAUGUAUAAAAGCCACUAUGAUAUAAAAUAUAUAACCAUGUAGUUGGGUAAUUUAAAGAAAAGGCAUUGUGACUAUAUCUGUUUAAAACUUUCUGUCACUGCCAGUAAUAAUGCAGCUCCUUUUGCGGUAUUUUAUGUGGUUUUGACAACUGCUACACUAUUUAUCACAGUGUCAUACACUAGCUUUCCUACUGUGUUACUGCUUGCUGGAGCUGCUGCUAUAAUAAUAAUCACUGACAUUUUUAAAGUAUGACCUCAGAAGAUGUAGCCAGUUAGUGCUAGCUAUGUCUCCACUUAAUAAACCUUUUCUUUGGUGUCACAGGAGACAAGGUAACUGGUUGUCUUUAUUCUAACAUAAGCAUUUACAUAGCUAAAAAAAUUGUUUAGGAAUUAGGUUAAAUACCCUAUGGAAAAAAACUUCUACUAUUACUUUCUGUAAUGAAUGUAGACUCUGUAAAAAUUGUCUAAAUCUGUGGGGAAGCCAUUAUUUGGUUUUAAAAAAUAUAUAUUAGGGAAUUGGGGAUAGCUACAUUGAAGACCUAUUUUUGUAGAAUAGGAAAUAAUUGCUCUUUCAUUUUAGUUCUUGCAUAAACUGAUAGACUCCAGCAACAACAUAAGAUUUUAGAAGAGCGACUUGUCAUGGGAUAUUUAAACACCAAUAAAGGCAGUAAAGGUUUUUGUUUGGGUUAUUAAUUUUGUUGCUCUUGUUUGGAUUAUGUUGAUGUUAUAUAAUAUAGUAACAGUAAACUUACAGUUUAUCUGCAAAGGGGAAAGCACUGGGCUUGUGUCUUCCUGAUUUAUGAUUUCUAAAGUAGGCCUGAGGGUUUUACUUGCUUUUUAAUAAAAAAUGUAGUUCUAGUUUGUUUUUGAUGACUGAAAUACUAAUGCAAAUGAUGAUACCAGAGAAGCUAUGAAAGUAUAGGUUUCAUCAAUGGUGCAGAAGAAGGGAUUGGUUUUGGUAGUUUAUCAUUUAAAAAUGAUAAUACCUGUUUAGUUGCAAUAGGUAAUCCACGUUUGGAAAAAAGAGAGGCCUUUGGCUGUGUACAUACGUUCAAAUGAUCUAGGAGAAUUCUCCUGGAUUUAUUUUCCUGGUAGAAAAAUUUACCCAGAGAUGCCUGAACAGAUAUUUGAAUGCUGAACCCCUAAACAACAGAGAGCUUGCAGUGCUGAUGCUGCACAGCCAGGGGGACUGUGCACUCUGGGAUGCUGAAGGACUGUGCUGUAGCUUCUUCUGGAAGAUAAUGUAUACAGCAUUCGUUCUCCUAGGAGAAGCUCUUGGCAGUGAUUUAACCCUGGUUGUUCCCAGGGUGCUUUUCUCCUAGCGUGACCAUUUUUGAUUGUGGAGAAAAAUUCUAAACCUUUGUAUACUUGUAGUUUCUCCUGGGAAACUAUGUUAGAAAGAUAAUGCCAGCUCUUGAUUUACAACAGUAGCUGUAAGACCCUCUCUAAUGGUACUUAAAGGAAGAAUGGAUUUAAUAUUCCUAAUUCUUCUAAGGCAGAAAACAAAGCUGUGUCUCCUAACCCUUUUUUUUAGGGUACCCUUAUACAUUGUGAGGAAGGAAAAAAUCCUCUUUAGGUUGCAUUUUAAUUGCUUUUGUCUCUGAUAGUCACAGAGAUAAUGAAGAAUAAUCAGUAUGUGAUCCUGUGACCUUCAGAGGAGGUCAAUUUCCUCCUCUUUUUUGUUGUAAAAGAGAGAUUCUUUUAAAUUAAGCACCCCAGAUGCAACAGUAACACAGGCCACCUCUCAGGGUCUUUCUGACAAGUCGUAAGGCAAGAGAUUUAAAAAUGCAGACGAACAGGACUGUCAUCAGAAGGCUGGUUUCUCUCUGGCAUUGGAUAAUGUGUGAUCCAAGCUUUAGGGCAAGUCUCAAAUCCAGAAUCUUUUGCUUCAGGUUUGAGAGAGAGCUGCUGGCUGAAUGAAGUUCAUUAGCAUUUGAAGGUAAUUUUUCAAAUUGUUGUAUGGUGUUUUAUGUUCACAGGAGUCAUGUAGCAAGACUACUUGCAACCCUUGGGAACUUACCCUUCAGGUUCCAGUUUAAAGUCAUCAUUAGUCCCUGCAGUCUGUUAGGGUGUACUAAUGACCGUGGACAGGUAUUACAUUUGUAUCAAGAAAUACGUUCACUUAGCAUGGCAAAAAGUAAACAUACAGCAAUUCAGGUAGUUUUUCAUGGAAAAAUACAUGGUGGGUGCAUGAUGAAAUAGUAGCUCUUUCUAACAGUAACUUUUCAGCACUGCUUCAAUUUCUAGCACCACCUAGUAAUGCCUUUGCACUUACAGGUGCACCACAGGGCAUGGUGCGGUCCUCCAGUAUCCCAGAAGGCUUUGCUCCCAUCUCCCCCAUGUACUUCCAGCUACCCUCCCCCUUCCCCCCCUGCUCCUCCUGCACACACAUACACAUACAGCUCCAGGGAGUUUGUCUGUCAUGCAAAACUCGACUGCCUAGGGCAGGAGGAGUCAGGUUCACAAGUCACCAUGCGGAUUUGUUUUCCACGUCUGUCUUUCUCUGUGAACAGGAUAAAAUCCUUCCUGUCCAAAAACCCCAAUAAGAAUCCAACUGCCAAAUUCUCUGGCCAUGCCAAAAACCUCUGUCCCUGUUGUGUCAGCAUCUUUGGCAUUAUCAAGUCAAGAGGAAGGGUGCAGAGCAGGAAAUUGUAGGUGGUGGAACUUGUGUCUGGGUACUUCAGGACGUUAGCUCUUUUGCUUUUACAAGUGAUAAAUCAUGGUUGGGGUGAAGGGGAGACUCUUCAGCUUCUUCUCUGAAGCAGAGCCCCACCUGAGGUGGUGCCAAAGGUGGCACAGCCAGGAAGUGCAAGUGUGCUUGGCACGGUGAUCAGCUGCUGUAAUUUGGAAAGGCCUUGGUUGGGGUAAGGGAUAGUCCCCAGGGCCCCCUUCCUGAAGUGGAGCCAGUGUCAGAACCUCCCUCCUGUUGCUGACCUCCCAGGGGUAGGCCUUGACUCUGUGCUGGCAGGAGUACAGCAUGCACUGAACCUGCCAGCACUGCUGAAAUGGGAGCCACGGGGCAUGUAGUGGAAACUGAACACGUGUCCUGUAGCUUUGUACUCCCAAGUGUGGCAGGGGGGGAGGGGAGGGGAUGGGGGAGUGGUUCCCUGGACAGCCAGCCAAUAGGCAUUUUCCUCUGCAUUCAGCUGUCCUGCACAGAUGGAGGCCUCUGCAAAGCAUCGUGGGAUUGCUGCAUGUCAGCCCCCUGGCUGCAGAGUGCCUGUGGUACAUACUCUUGUCAUGCUCUGCACUGCUCCAUACAACCAGGACUUGAGUGUCUGGAUGUGCAUUUCAUGCUAGCUUUGUGGUGCUGCAAAUCCCCCUGAAAUUCUUACCAUUUCAAAUUAAUGCCUGUUCAUAGUUGAUGUGAAGGGGAGAGAGAGAUGGCAGUGCUGGAAGCUGUUACCUGUCCUUAUCUUCAUGUAAGUUCUGCAGCACCCAUCCUGUGCUGCUUGCCCUUAUUCCAUUCUGUGUAGAUAUCCAAAAGUCAGAAAUUUCUUACCUUUUAAAUUUAUAGUUAGUAUAAGUAAAUCAUCAGAGAGGCACUCCAUGUAUAAUUCAGCACAUUUCUAUAUUCUUGAAAUGGAAAAAAGAGAUUAAUAAGUGUAGAUGUCUUUACUGAAUAAAAGGAAUUACUGUUGAAGCGUGUGUCGUAAGCGGGGAAGCUGACUUUCUAUCCAGAACAGAAGCAUGGAGACACUGUAAGAUGGCUUCUGUUGCUGCUUUUCUUGCUUCCUUACUGUACAGGAAGGGAGGGGCAGGGUCCAAUUUUCAGUAGAUGCUACCAUUUUAAUUCUUUCACAGAUGAAUUGGAGCAUGGACAGAGUUUAAGCUUCAACUCACUCACUCUUCCUUUCCUGCUCAGCCAAAAGCAGCCAACUCAGCUGUGAAAGGGUUGAAACCGAAGCUUUUGCCCGAGCAGGAAAGUGAGGGUGCCUGAAUUGAAGAUUAGGCUCUGUCUCUGCUCUACAUGGUCAUAACUGGAAAUCUUUGUUCUUCACUCUGCUUUCCUCAAAAUAAAAUGUGUGGGGUAUGUGAGGAAAAUAGGGUAAAAUCAGAAUAGCGUUGUUUGGUGACUCCUUGUUACUUUA